AUGAUUUCGACUCUCCUGAUAGCACUUCUUGUAUUCGGUGUUUUACUGUUACAUCGCCUUACCCGCCUCUCACUUAACCGACGACGUCUCCCUCCUGGGCCUAAGGGACUUCCACUCAUAGGAAAUCUCUGGGAUGUGCCCGUCGAAUAUCCAUGGCUUACUUACACUCAAUGGGCUUCUACCUACGGCGACGUCUUUUAUUUAGAUACUCCUGGAAGUCCGACCGUUGUAAUUAACUCUGCCCAGGCAGCGGCAGAUCUGUUCGAGAAGCGCUCAGGGAACUACUCCGAUAGACCAGAUUUCACCAUGUUAAAGUUAGUAGGAUGGGGACAUAACAUGGCUUUCAUGAGGUAUUCUGAUUGGUGGAGAAUGCAUCGGCGAAUGUUUCACCAAUACUUCCAGCCUCGGGCAGUUCCCGCAUAUUAUGCUGUGCAGAUGAAAGCAACGUCGGUCUUGCUACAACAGUUACAUAAAUCUCCUGAUGAGUUUGUUCACCAUGUUCGCCAUCACGCUGGCUCAGUUAUCAUGAAAACCGUCUAUGGAUACGAUGUACAUCCAAAUGGAGAUGAAUUCGUGGAACUGGUAGAUCGGGCUCUGGAAAGUAUGCGCAUCGUCGGGAACGUGGGGACUUUUCUCGUUGACUUUAUCCCGAGUUUGAAAUAUCUUCCGCGAAAAUUUCCUGGCGCGAACUUUUUAAGUCUUGCGGGUGCCUGGAGAAAGGAUGUAGAGGAAAUGAAAGAUAAACCUUUCGAAUACGCUUCAGAGUCAAUGGCUAACGGCCUCGUAGCAUCUUCGUUCGUUGCCGAAAAUCUGACAAAGAUGAAAGGGUUCGGCAUGUCGGAGAGAGCGACACGGCUUGAAAUUAUUCGGAAUGCAGCUGCAGUCUCCUUCACCGCGGGCGCUGACACUACUGUAUCAGUCGUCCUUUCCACAAUGGUUGCAUUUCUUCUUUACCCCGAAGUUCAAGCCAAGGCUCAAGCUGAGCUGGACACUGUCGUUGGCCCUACCAGACUGCCAAAUUUUGAUGACCGUCCGCACCUGCCUUACAUUGAAGCUAUCUUGUCAGAAGCACUGAGAUGGAAUCCUGUUGUUCCAAUGGGUGUUGCCCAUCGUAGCAUCAAAGAGGAUGUUUACAGAGGUUAUUAUAUUCCUGCUGGUGCAACCAUCAUUGGUAAUGCUUGGGCUAUACUCCAUGACGAAAAGGACUAUCCCAAUCCGUUGGUCUUCGAUCCGGACCGGUUCAUGCCUGAGGACAGGAAAGAGCUCCAGCCCGAACCCACAGCUGCAUUUGGGUUUGGAAGACGCAUCUGUCCGGGUCGUUACCUUGCAUUGAAUACGGCGUGGAUCGCUAUUGCUUCUAUGGCGGCAACUUUAUCACUCUCGAAGGCUGUGGAUCCUGAAGGCCGUAUCAUCGAACCUAGCAAUGUCUUCACCGAUGGUUUUCUGAGUUUUCCUGCGCCUUUCAAAUGCACUAUCAAGGCGCGCUCUGCUGGUGCGCAAGAGUUGAUAGAUUUGGGUGGAUUGUAACAAUUCCGGAAUGACUUCCGUUUUCGAUCGUUGAAGUUCCAGGAUAUAAAAUUUCGAGUCUUUCCCUUCAAUUACAAGCUCAUUUCUGAUUGUCGUUUUGUAACUCUCAUGGCGGUAUACUACGUUCUAAGGGGAGAGUACUAACCAGUAUGCAUGCUAUCCUGAAGCGAUGUCCAAGAGAUGUUCUUGCGGACCUCUUUUUCCCUCCUAUAACA